CAGGGGUGGGAGGAGUAUCACAUUUUCAGUCCGACCCUCCCACUUCCGGCGCCCCGUGUCUCCUCACACCCCAAAGCCGUUCACGUGCACGCUCGUCCUUCCGGCGCCCAACGGAACGGCAGCAGCCGAGCACCGGCAUAAAUACCUCCCGGCCUCCCCGCCCCCGUGUCCACCGCACACACAACCCACACCCACACCUAGCUAGCUUCACGAGGAGGGAGAGAGAGAGAGAGCUAGCAGAGACAUGGCGGCAGCUGAGGCUCAGGGCGGUGGGGCGGCGGCGGCGGGGGAGGAGGAGGGGGCGAUCAGGCACAGGACGGUGACGGCGAACGGGAUCGCGAUGCACGUGGCGGAGUCGGGGCCGGAGUCGGGGCGGGCGGUGCUGUUCCUGCACGGCUUCCCGGAGCUGUGGUACUCGUGGCGGCACCAGAUGGCGCACCUCGCCGCGCGGGGCUACCGGUGCGUGGCGCCCGACCUCCGCGGCUACGGCGGCACGGAGGCGCCGGCCGACGUCGCGUCCUACACCGCCUUCCACGUCGUCGGCGACGCCGUCGCGCUGCUCGACGCCCUCGCCAUCCACAAGGUGUUCGUGGUGGGUCACGACUGGGGCGCCAUCAUCGCGUGGUACCUGUGCCUCUUCCGGCCGGACCGGGUGACGGCGCUCGUCAACACCAGCGUCGCCUUCAUGCGCCACGUCUUCAUCCGCGCCGGCGCCGGCGCCGUCAAGACCACCGACUACUUCAACCAAGCCUACGGCCCGACCUACUACAUCUGCCGCUUCCAGGAGCCCGGGGUGGCGGAGAAGGAGUUCGCGCCGGCGCACGCGAGGCACCUCAUGACGCGCAUCCUGAGCGACCGCUUCAGCGAGCGCGCGGCCGGCAAGGAGACGACGGAGGACGCCACCGUCGAGGCGGCGGCGCUCCCGGCGUGGCUCACGGAGGCGGACAUCGACUACUUCGCGGCGGCGUUCGAGAAGACGGGCUUCACGGGCGCCAUCAACUACUACCGCAACAUGGACCGGAACUGGGAGCUGGCGGCGCCGUGGGCGGACGCCAAGGUGACGGUGCCGACCAAGUUCAUCGUGGGGGACGGCGACCUGACGUACCACUACGCCGGGAUCCAGGACUACCUGCACAAGGGCGGGCUCAAGGCCGACGUGCCGCUGCUGGAGGAGCUGGUCGUCGUCCCCGGCGCCGGCCACUUCAUCCAGCAGGAGCGGGCGCAGGAGGUCAGCAACCACAUCUACGACUUCAUCUCCAAGCACCGGGAGGUGGAGGCGAACGGCAUCACGAUGCACGUCGCGGAGGCCGGCCCGGCCUCGGCCGCCGCGCCGGCUGUGCUCUUCGUGCACGGCUUCCCGGAGCUCUGGUACUCGUGGCGCCACCAGAUGGAGCACCUGGCGGCGCGGGGCUACCGCUGCGUGGCCCCCGACCUCCGCGGCUACGGGAGCACCUCCGCGCCGCCCGACCCCGCCUCCUACACCGCCUUCCACGUCGUCGGGGACCUCGUCGCGCUCCUCGACGCCCUCCGCCUCCACCAGGUGUUCGUGGUGGGGCACGACUGGGGCGCCAUCGUGUCGUGGAACCUCUGCCUGCUGCGGCCGGACCGGGUGCGUGCGCUCGUCAACCUCAGCGUCGCCUUCAGUCCCCGCCACCCCUCCGCCAAGCCCCUCGACUACUUCCGCCGCGCCUACGGUGACGACUACUACGUCUGCAAAUUCCAGGAACCUGGAUAUGAGGCACGAUUUGCUAGUCUUGACUUGAAGAGGUUCUUCAAAAUGGCAAUAACUGUUCAAACCACAGGUUCUUCCGCCAUGUCCCUUGAAAAAAUGCAGGCAAGCAACAGGCAAAUCACACUGCCUUCUUGGCUCUCCGAGGAGGAUGUCAGUUACCUAGCAAGUGUAUAUGCAAAAACUGGCUUCGCUGGUGGUCUUAAUUACUACCGCUGUUUAGACCUGAACUGGGAGCUGAUGGCUCCAUGGACCGGAGCAAAAGUGCAAGUGCCAACCAAGUUCAUCGUCGGGGACGGUGACCUAGCAUACCAUCAUCCAGGGGUCAAGAACUACAUACACAAGGGUGGGCUCAAGAGAGACGUGCCCAUGCUCGACGAGGUGGUGGUGAUCAAGGGUGCUGGGCACUUCAUCCAGCAGGAGAGAGCGCAGGAGAUCAGCGAACACAUAUAUGAAUACAUCAAGAAGUUUAGCAUGGAUCCGACACGUAAAUUAUCAAAAUUGUGAGGUCAUUUGUUGAUGUACAAAGUUAAUAAAGAGACAUGUAUGUGAGUACACUUGUAAAA